AUGCUCAGUAUCCUGCCGCGCCCCGGCAACCCUCAGAGGCUAUUAAAGCUCUCAUCUCAGGUCACAGCUAGGAGGCCAGUUCGAAACUCUUUCGUCCCCUUUACUCUUCGAGCCGCUUCCACCAUGCUCAAAGACCCUUCUCUCCUCAAGCAGGAUGUGUGCUACGUCAACGGCCAAUGGGUCAAGGCCAAGUCUGGCAAGACGUUCGAGGUCCACGAUCCCGCCACCGGCAAGCUCAUCGGUACCUGUCCCGAGUUUGACGGCGCCGAUACUGAAAAGGCGAUUGCCGCUGCCGCCGAGGCGUUCAAGGACUUCCGUCACAAGACGGGCCGCGAGCGCUCUAAGCUGCUUCGCAAGUGGUACGAUCUCAUGAUGCAAAACGCCGAAGAUUUGACCACCCUCAUCACCUGGGAGAACGGUAAGCCCCUGGCCGAUGCCAAAGGAGAGGUCACCUACGCCGCCAACUUCUUCGAGUGGUUCAGCGAGGAAGCCCCGCGCAUUUACGGCAACACCAUCCCUUCAUCUGUACCCGGCAACAGGGUCUGGACCAUCAAGGAGCCCGCUGGUGUCUGUGGCUUGAUCACCCCUUGGAACUUCCCUGCCGCCAUGGUUACUCGCAAAAUCGGCCCUGCCCUGGCCACAGGCUGUACUGUGGUAGCCAAGGCGCCCGCUGAGACGCCCUUCACCUCUCUCGCCCUCGCCGAGCUUGCCCAUCGUGCUGGCAUACCUGCGGGCGUCGUCAACGUCGUGACCUCUCAUCAGAACACUCCCGAGGCUGAUGCUCACGUCCGCGAUGCUACAGCCAAGGGCGCCAAGGUCCUGGUUGGUGGCAACAAGAUGGAGGGUAGCUUCUUCGAGCCUACCGUCCUGACGGGCAUGACGCGCGACAUGGCUAUGGCCGAGGAGGAGACGUUUGGCCCGGUGGCGGGCAUCUUCCCCUUUGAUACCGAGGCCGAGGUCGUUGCCAUGGCAAACAGCACAACCUUUGGCUUGGCUGGCUACUUCUUCUCGAAGGACUUGCACCGCGUGCACCGUGUCGCCGAGGCCUUGGAGGUUGGCAUGGUCGGCGUCAACACGGGUCUCAUUUCCGACCCUGCCGCGCCUUUCGGUGGUGUCAAGGAAAGUGGAUUUGGAAGGGAGGGUUCGCUUUACGGUGUCUCGGAAUAUCAGAUUACGAAAAUGGUCACAUAUGGAGGCAUGGGUCAACCUCUGCAGGCAUAG